CUCCCCUCCCUUGGAUCUCGGCGCACGCUGUUGUCCCAUUGCGCGUGCUCUGGUCUGGUGCGCAGAUUAUUCAAGUGUUUUGAGCAAGGGAAUAGUGGGUUGAUACGGAUAACUUGAUAUGUAAUGGGGGCAGUGGCGCUACUAUGUUCUGUUGAACCUGUUCUUGUCGAACCUGUGGCCUCCUAUAGUCCAGAUGUUUCAAUGAAAAUCCCUUUUGUCUGAAUAGAUAAAAAUGGGACACUGGUCAGCUGUAAGCCUGUAAAAUGCUGGUUUCUUGUCUGAGGAUGAAGAAAAUUGCUCAGUCAGACUAUACACAUGUUUAGGAGUUGCUCUCUCCAUAAAUAAGAAGAUUUAGAUUUGAGAUUUAGUGUUUCAGUUGGUCAUUGCAAGUAGCUAGUUCCGUGGAGCAACAUUUGAAGGGGAAAAUAACUCACAGUUGACAGAUUAGACCGUGCUAAAGAUUUCUAAUAGAAGAUGGAUGCCAUAUCUUUUAAGCAUAUGCCUUUUUUGAUUGUAUAUGCUUCGUUUCAUUUUGCGCAGAGUUCCUUUCUUGUAUAUAAGCUAUGGUUUUAAAUCUUAACAGAAUGAGCAGCGCUCACACCGUCCAUUGGAUUUUCUUUCUUGCUGUGAUCAUCUAUGGCUUUUUUUUUUUGAGAUCUGAAGUAGACAAGCCUACUCAGAAGGACUAGGAUAUUCAGAUAUCAGUAGGGAUCGUAAACUAGUCGGGACAUCUGCAGUCAACCGAAUAUCUCCUACACUCCUAGUCAGUGCAGCCAGAUUGUGAGCCAGGGAGUUUCUGCUUCUCUCCGCGUAUCUGACAGAGCUCUCCGAGAAGGAGGACAUAGCCUGACGAAUAUCCAUCAUGGUGCCAUAGCAGGGACAGCGCGUGGGAGUCUGCGUCGACAGUUCCUUGACAGUGAACUGGCUGUCCGUCUCGAUGAUUACAUGGCCAUUUGAAAUCUUGGCCAGCUCCUGGAGGCCGACAAGGACGGUUCUGGCCUCGGCCUCUUCCACGCUACUGCAGAAUGGCAGUUUUUUGCAGCAAGAGAAGAGUACACAGCCCCUGAAAUCACGGGCAACAGCACCAGUGGAACUUUCACCUGUUUCGGACAAAUAAGCCGCAUCAGCGUUGAGUUUGACAGUUCCUUGCGUUGGAGGGUUCCACUUUAUGUCCUGGGCAGGUGGCAAUCCCGGCGUGGUCACCUCCCUGACACAGAGUAGUCCAUGUCUUCAAGGGCAAGAGGACGUGCACGUCGUGGCCGGGGCCGGGGCCGUGGCAGAUGUUCUGUGGCAGAAUAUGAAAUGGAUCAUCAUGAAACAUCUGCGCCUUCUUCGCCGAGUACCACUUCUGAUAGAGAGGACAAUGUUGGUUUCACUCCCGAACAAGUCCAUGUUGCUUGUUAUGCAGGGCCUGCAGAGCCUUCAUCCAGUACACUACUCAAUCCUAAGAUUAACCACCGUUCGGAUGCAAUUUUUGGCGAUCAGGCCCUGGAGCAGUUGAAGUUGCGUCACCACAAACCCUUGAAAUUUCAUGAGAGGUAUCGUCCUUAUUUGAGGGAUGCUGGAUUGCUUGGUCUCUCACAAAUCUGCCAGAGAAUGCCUCAAUUGGACAAAGCCUUGAUUACUGCUCUUGUUGAGCGUUGGAGGCCAGAGACCCACAGCUUUCACUUGGCUUCUGGGGAGAUGACAGUUACGCUUCAAGAUGUUGCCAUGUUGUUUGCUCUUCCUAUUGACGGCCGACCGGUUUGUUCUAGUACUGAUCAUGAUUAUGGGCAGAUGGUCCUUGAUUGUCUAGGUCAUGAUCCAAGAGUUCAAUCAAUGCCUGGAAAAUCCUUCUUGCAUUACAAAUGGCUGAAGAAGCACUUCUAUGAGUUACCAGAAGGGGCGGAUGAUCAUACGGUACAGAGGCAUGUUCGAGCAUACAUCCUGAGCCUUUUAUGUGGAGUGCUCUUUCCAGACGGGACAGGAAGGAUGAGUCUGAUAUAUCUUCCAUUGAUUGCUGAUCUUUCUCUUGUUGGAACAUACAGCUGGGGUUCCGCAGCCCUCGCAUUCCUCUACCGAGCUCUUUGCUCUGCUGCCUCCUCCCACAACAUGAAGAAUAUAGGUGGUUCAUUGCUUCUCUUGCAGCUUUGGAGUUGGGAGCACUCUCAUGUUGGCAGGCCAUUGGCUCGAUCUUCCUCAGUCGCGGAGACAGACAUCCCACAGGACUUGCCCCCAAUUGGCUUCCGUUGGGUGGGUGCUCGCGCACAAAGUGAGAAUGCUACCCGCUGUCUUAAGCAGUACAGGGAUGAGCUAAAUCUGCAGCGAGCAGAUCAGUUGAAAUGGGAACCAUACAUGCUCAUUGAGUCCUCGAGCUUACCACCACUUUGUACAAAAGAUGCUGACCUGUGGAUUACUCAAGCACCAUUAAUAAAUUUUCCUAUUGUUGAGAUGUAUCUGCCUGAGCGAGUGAUGCGGCAAUUCGGGCUUCGUCAAUGCAUUCCGCCACCUUUUCGACCUACCCUACAGACAUUACAUCGUAUUAGCCGACGUGGUAGAGAGCGUGAAAAUUGGGAAGAGACACAUCAUGAGUAUAUUCAGGAAUGGGAAGCACGGCGACAGCGCAUAUUUCGGGAGACUGAGCAGUUUGAUUUGUCAUCUUAUGACGAGUAUCUGCAGUGGUACUCUGGAGCUACACGGCGAUAUCUUGUGCCAUCGACCGGUGAUGAUGCUGAAGCAGGACUUUUAUCCCCACCCGAUGAUUCUUCCGAUCUUCAGUACAAAGCCAAGUCUCCUAUGAUCCGUAAAGCGGUUGAUAAGCUGCAUGGUAUGAUGAAGAAGGCCAAGACAGCCAUGGCAUCCACGGCUGAUACGGCCACACAAGCCUUAGUGUUUGAAUUUCUGCAUGGCUUUGAAGAUGUCCUCAGUGAUCUUGGUGAGAUCAAGGAAAGGGGUGGCCCAGAGGCUCCACCUUUUGAUUCAGUCACCGGCUCACAUUGUGGCUCUGCUGCUCCCCAUCAUGAGUCUCUACUUUUGCUUGAAGCUGAACAGAACAUUAUAUGUGACAAUCAAGAGGGUGAAUACCUGGAAGAUGAGGACCUUCACACGGUGGAGCAGGCUACGUUGGGCUUUGAACCUAUGGGUGGGGAAAACCACCGCGUCGACAGUUUGCUACUGGACGUGCACGAAAACUGUGACUCGGCUUCAUUGGCCAUUGAGAACUGUGAGGCAGAAGACUUUGAUAUUCCACAGCACACUGAGGAUGUUGAUCAAGCUGGACAUGCUGCCGAAAUGGAACAUGGUGUAGAGGUGGUGGAACCCAUGUCCACAUGUGAGGAAAACAAUGGUUUCGAUGUUGCGCCCUCUCCUCCACAAGAGAGCGCCGAUGUCAAACUGGAAGGUGAUGAUGUAGCGACGGCAGAACACGAAGACGCGGAGGAGGAAGACGACAGCGGCUGUAAUGGCGCCCCUUCCUCACACCCAUAGUUGAUCUGUCUCAAAGUCAGAGAGGAAAAGAGACAUGAUGCCGAUUCCAGCUUCUUCAUGUCCAGAUAUGUAGGGAUUAGAAUGUAGUUGAUGCCGCUUUCGGGAGUCUGCCGUGAUUGGCGUUUCAUUUUUGCUGACAUUAUUGGGCUUGUUAUGCAGCAUGAUUUGUCGCUGGGACAAAUAGCUUCUUGAUGUGAUUCAAUCCAUUAUUUGUUUAUCACUCUACUACUCCUCUGUAUAAUGAUCUGAGCGCUCUUAUAUUUCUUUACA